AUGGACAAGUUAAAUUUCCCAAAGCAUUCGAAAAUUUUGACUCCGUCCAACAAUCUCGGCGGUGCAAAUGCUGCCGGCAGACUCGGCGAGAGGAGAAACCUCAACAAGGCUGCGCUGAGCUUCUGCGACGUCGGCGAUCUUUCACACGUUGCGCAAUCACAGGCGCCAUCUCCUAUAGCCAUUCCAGCGUGCGCAGAUUCCCAGUCGACAGCUCGUCCCAUUCGUUCAAAGACCAUAUCUGUCUCCCCGCUCGUUAAUGGACUGAAAGAGGCUGAGAAAGAGAAUUCAUCUCUCGAUCACCGCAAGAUCGUCUCCCACGACGUAUCACAAUUUCGCCUGCAGUUUCACAAGCAGGAGCUUGACCCUAUCCAGGAUGUAAACGAGCAAGGUACUUAUAACAGCGAAAUCCAUUCACCAUCGCUGGGCACUGGUACCCGGCGUUCUCAGCUGUUCUGCGUGAGCUGCUGCGAGCCACUCGCCAAUCUCGGUGUCGUGUUUGACCCAUGCAAACACACUUGCUGUGUUGUUUGCCUCGUUAACAGCCUCACACUCAAUCGGGAGACAUGCAUUUUCUGUAAAGGUGUCAUUCUCCGCUUCCAGUCUGUCAACGGCGGCCCUAUCACUUCGCCUGCUUUGUCAGGCAUUGGUGAUACCUCUGACGAUUUCUUUAACCAAUGCGCCCCAGCCGCUUCCAUCACUAAAGACAGAAGCGAAAGAAGCUCCCUCAAGUCUAUCUGGAGCCCUGAAAGCUCAAUUAGUAGGGUUCCAUCCAUCAGCUCGGCACUGGCAUCUCCACCACCACCGCCAGCAACGGUAGUGACUGCUGCGACUGCGACGCUGUCCCCAACGCCAUCUCCUUACAGUGUUGGAUUGCCACGCGUCAAGUAUCCUAAUCAUGGCAAUCUCAGGCUCCAUGAAGGCGGCUGGCCAGUGCUCAAGUUGGAGAAUGUUCCUUGGGACAGCACUCCAUCAAUAGUCGAGCAAUGGCUGCCAAGAGAGGCAUUGCCACACUGGAGUGUUAACAGCCACGCCAUUCACGUCGUUCUUGACAGAAACAACGGCAAAGCAUCUAGCGAUCUAUACGUCGAAGUCGUGUCUGUGGAAAUACGUAACGAAAUUAUGCGCUCCAGACAACACUCUGUGCUUGAGAGCAGAGGAAGAUCACGCUACGUGAACAUUUUAGCGUCAUCUCAAGAUGAGCUUUUCAGAGCAAUUUUUCCGAGCUGGUGCGAUAAUAGCGGCGACUACUCCAAACUCAUUUCUGAUCAUGAGCUGGGUACUCUUAUCGACCUCUGCGAGCGUGUAGGCAAAAAGGCUAUUCAGCGCAUGCCUCCAAAGAUGCACUUCUGCAAAGAGCAGCAGAACCCUUUCAACAUGCUUAUGUCGAUUAUUAGCAAAAUGCCAUGGCAGUUGCUUCCAGCUGACAAGCCCAAGAACUUAUAUCGUAGAUACCAAACUGCACUUAAUGAUUGCGUAAAGAAAGCCAUCGAAAUUAUUCUCUUCCACAUCGAAGCACACGAAGAGAGCGUUGACAUACAGAUUUUGAUUCGAUUGCUGACAGUUGCGCUCUCGUGCCCAGCAUUCAAUGACGUGCAAAAGGACUGCUUCAUGGUCAUGUCGAAGCUCGACCCAAACAAUCUUCCAUCAACAAACUUGAUGAAGCAUCACGCACCAAAUCACGGUCUGGGACUGACCGAUGUACCAGAUAGCGGCUGGAUUGAAAUUGGUGGGGAAGGUCUGGAAGACUUAACUCAAACAAAUGCAGGACCAGAAGUAAAACGUGGUAAAUCAAUCAGAUUCAGCAGAUCCGCAUCGUCAAUUAGCAAGCACAGCUAUGACGCGCGUAUCGACUCUGCUUUACUUCCUCUCACGCCUGAUCAAUCGCCAGACAUGAACUUCAACGCAUUCGCAGAUCAAAUUAAACGCUAG